UUCUGCUGGGAGCUGUGAAUAAGUGACAACAGGAAAAUAAGUAACAACACGUGCAUUUUUUCAGCUUGUCUGACCUGAACUCACCUGACCUGAACUCACCUGUCCCACGUGAUUCCUGCAGUCCCAGAGAAAACAAACCGGAAGUCACCGUUAGACCAACAGACCUGCUGCUAAAAAAAUAAACUAAAGAAAUGGUUCAGUGAAAGGACCGUUGCCCAGGUGCUGGUGGUCCCAGGGGGUCCCAGGUGUGUUACCUGAGCUGCAGAUCCUCCUGAGUGUCUCAGUGAAGAACAUUUACAGGAGCCUCUGUGGUCCGACGGGUCCAUUCAGGACCAGAACCUCUUCAGCUUUACAGGAGCCUCUGUGGUCCGACGGGUCCAUUCAGGACCAGAACCUCUUCAGCUUUACAGGAGCCUCUGUGGUCCGACGGGUCCACUCAGGACCAGAACCUCUUCAGCCUUUUUGUCUCCUGAUGAGUUCAGGUCCAACGUUGUGGUUCUGACGGGACCCUGGUUUGGGAUUCUUCUUGUCUUUACAAACUAAGAUGAAGGCCCAAGUUCUGACGGUGAAGGGGUCCAGCUGGACUCCAGAGGAGGCCCACCYAGAGGACCAGAUCCAUGCAGACCCACAGAAGGAGAACCUCUGCUUACCGAACAUCUUCAGGUCCAACAAGGUGAAGUCCCUCACAAAAGUCCAGACCGACCCCCCUUACCAGGUCUACCACACGGCCAGAGAACUGCUCCUGGAGGUUCUGGAUAAGGAGGCGGUUCUGGAGYUGAUCAGGAGGUCUCCUGGACCUUGUAGACCCUCACUGAGCAGAGACAGGAUCUGCCAUGUCUCUGAUGAGGACUACAGCGAGGUUCUGACAUGGUUCUCUGUGGUCCUACAGACCGGUGUGUCUCCAGGGCAGGACUGCAGCUCUGGUUCUGAUCUGACCCAAAACCUGGACAGAGUCCUGAAGAGGAACAGCAUCCAGACCCGUCUCCUGUCUCUGACCCGGCUGGAGGACGAGGACAAGCUGGAAGCUCUGUCUGCGUUCUGCAGCCAUUUGUGUCGGCGCUACCGGACCCUCCACAGACCGGGUCCCAGCCUGGCCGUGAAGAAGUACACCCUGACCCACCAGGAUGGUCUCUGCCCGGUCCAGCUGGCGGUUCUGUGCGACCCGAGUUCUGGGUUCAUCUGUAACAUGUUUCUGUACAGACCUGAGCUCCAGAAGCUGAGGACCAGACCCGUGGUCGAGCAGGUGGUCCAACAUCUGCUGGGACCUUUCUGCAGCCAAAACCUCAAGGUCCAGCUGGACGGUUCUACCUGCAGGGUCCAAACGGUCCUCUCUGGACCAGGACUCAGUAUUCACUUAGAUCCAGCUGUGAAAGGAGAAGCUACCAGUCCACCAUCAUCUUCAUCAGUCCCACACAAUCAGGACCCCCCAGCUUCUGAGGACUCAAACCUCUGYGCCCAUCUUCAAGGCUGGACUGGACCUGCUCUGGUUCUGCACCCAGACCUGAAAGAGUCCAGGUCCGAGGUCUUUCUUCCAGGACUUUGGACCACGCUGCACAUGGUCUGCAUCAACACCUACGUGCUGCACUCCCUGCAGAGCCUGGGCUCCUGCAGGAGGGUCCCGCUGGCUCAGUUCACCAGGACUCUGGUCUCUGGACUGUCUGUGGACCASGGUGGGACCAGGGUCCCAGUUCUGCCACGACUCUACAGCUGCUCGUACCAGGAGMCCAGUUUACCAAACCUCUUUAAACCCAGGUCAAACCCUAGAAGCUGCAACCAGCUGAUGGAUGAGGUGAAGACCAGCAGCAGGUCUGGAUCCAGACUCCAGUCCAGCUGGAACCGACCCGGGGUCUGUGGACUAGAUAACUCUGGGAACUCCUGCUACCUGAACGCGGUUCUGCAGUGCCUGAGUUCUUCGGUUCCUCUGGUGGAACACCUGCUGAACCCAGAAACCCGCAGACAGCUGACCAAGUGUAGGUGCCGCGUGGCCGAGGUUUUCCUUCGGCUGCUGGAGAAGAUGUGGCUGGGCAGCAGCGCCAUCUGCGCCCCGAUCGAGACCCGGUCCGUUCUGAGCUCGGUCCUGCCCCAGUUCAACAACUACAGUCAGCAGGACGCCCAGGAGCUGCUGCUGCAGCUGCUCAACCUGCUGCACGAAGACCUCAGGAAGGCUGCGAAGCGUCAUCUGAACUCCAGCCUGAAACAGCAGGUGAGAAGAGAACAGAACAGGACCUGGACCAGCGAGUCCACCGUGGUGUCCCACCUGUUUGAAGGCCAGCUGAGCUACAUGACCCUCUGCCKGCACUGCGACCACCGGGCCCAGAACCGGCAGAGCUUCACGGUUCUGUCUCUGCCCAUCCCUAAAGACACCAGGAAAUGCUCCAUCCAGGACUGCUUGUCUCUGUUCUUCGAGGAGACGGUCCUGACGGGGACGGAGCAGGUGCUCUGUUCAGAAUGUGGUCUGAGAAGAGAGACGGCGGUCCUCACGUGUUUAGAUAAACCUCCUGAGAUCCUGAUGCUGCAUCUGAAACGGUUCUGCUGUAAGGGGAAGAAUCAGGUCAAACUGAGGACCAACGUUUCGUUCUCCAUGAAGCUGGACCUCAGUCCGUACCUGUCCAGUCCUGAGCAGAAAGGGUCUUCGUACCACCUGUACGCUGUGGUGAACCACAUGGGUCACCUGAACAUGGGUCACUACACGGCCGUGUGCUACAACGCCCCGGCUCAGACCUGGUUCUGCUUCGACGACGCCGACGUCAGGGAGGUCCAGGAGAGCCUGGUGCCGUCCGCCAACGCCUACGUGCUGCUGUACAGCCAGAGACCCUUCCAGACCCCCAGGAUCCGGAUCGUCUGAGCCGGUCGGUUUUAUUUACAGACAGAUGAAGUUUUUAUUUGAACCAGGUGGCGUCAGAGCAACGCGUUGGUUUCUGAAAGAAAAGCUCGCUCACAGGAUUCUGUUGAAGUACUUUUAAUAAAUAUGUUUCAGGUUA